UGUCUUAAAAAGAACAAUUCUUUUUUUGUGGAGCACAAAAAAAAACUUUCAAUUUUGUCUCUUUCUCUAUACUUUGAGCUCAUCUCUGCAAUAAAUUCAAUGAUUUUCUCUCUGUUUGUCUAUGUCCAUAAACAUAUUGAGAUUUUUGCUGAAUCUUUUUGAGCUUUUUUGAAGUUUUUUUUUCUCCCUUUAUGGAUACGUAUUAUAUUCAUGAGGUAAAAAGCAAAGAAGAAGGCGAGUGGGAGAAAGAAAGAUAGAAAAGGAUUCCUUUUAACUUCUGUAAACAUCAUCAGAAGAAAAAAGAAUAAUUAUAAAUUUUAAUCUGCCCUGCAUAAAUUUAUAUCUCUGUUUUCGUAUAGCUUCGGCUGAUUGACGAAUAAGGAUGUCGAUAAUCAGUGAUGCAAUUGUGAUGAAAUCAUCUGAAGCACAAACAGUAAAAGCAAAACUUACAGCGCCGAUGGAUGUGGAUUUCGCCAAAUGCGAGUGCUGUGGAUUGACGGAGGAAUGCACUCUAUCGUAUAUAGAAACAAUCCUGCAGAGGUAUCAGGGGAAGUGGAUUUGCGGAUUGUGUGCCGAGGCAAUCAAGGAUGAGAUCAUUCGAUGUGAGAUGCUGAUCAGUGCGGAAGAGGCCUUGAAUCGUCACCUCAAUUUCUGUAAGAAAUUCAGUUCUUCUAGCCCGCCUUUGAAUCCGACUGUUCACUUAAUCGCUGCGAUGAGGCAGAUUUUGAGGAGGAGUUUGGAAUCUCCGAAGUUGCUUAGGUCGAUGUCUAGUAGUCCCGUGGAGAGCAGUGGAGAAAAGCAGCACACGGUGAUUGUUCGAUCAGAAAGUUGUAUCCCAGCACUUUCUUUGGUCGAUUCGUUUCAUGCCAUGGGACUGGAUGGAGGUUGUGAAUGAAGAAGUUACUCACUCGUUCAUGUUUCGCUUCUCGAGAGUAAUUGGCAGUUUGUUUAAGGAAUGGACACUAAAUUUAACUGUUGGUCACGCUUUUCAAUUGUAACAUUUACUUUGCCCAACAGAUUUUGCAGUUUUGAUUAGCUCUUUUUAUGUAUUCUGUAAAUCUCUAUUCAUUUAUGCUAUGGUAUUAUCUUGCCUCUCUUGAAA